AUCUUGUUGUCUGAAAUCGACUAUAAAAUUGAAAAUCUGUUUGAUUAACACAUACAAUACAGGCAACACCGCUGCGGUGUCAAUAUGGCAGCAAGGACAUUGACGGCGCAAGGCGGAAAAAGUUGACCAUCCUCACAUCCGCGUUGUCUGUCAUUUAGCUUGCGCUGCAAUUUGUAAACCGAUGUCAUAUGGAGUUCAUAAAGGCAUAUUUUAAUGUAUAAGGAAUUCCUCUCCGAUUAUAUUACGUCUCGGUCUACAUUUGAUUCAACUGACUGAAAUUCCACACCCGGCCAAUUUUAAAGAAUAAAAUAUAUACCAAUUAAUUUCAAUAUAUCAUUGAAGAAAAAAGAAGCUUGUGAAAUAUUUUCGAAACUUCAAGAAACAAAAUGGGCUCUUUUGAAGGCGAUGGAUACAAAUUAAAGUGUGAAAAAGACAAUAACGUUCAACAUGCAGCUUUGUUUGAGAUAGAAAAUGGCGUUGAAGAUGCUGAGAAAGGAGAUCUCCUUGUUGAGGUUGAAACAGAUCCAAAGCAACAUAUCUUGUACUCGGCCGGGGAUCAUCCACCAAUUUAUUUGACCAUUUUCUUUGGGUUUCAGCACACUCUGAUCUCAAUUUCCGGUGUGAUGGCCGUCUCUUUAUUAGUCUCUGACGUCACAUGUGCAAAUCUAGAUGACGACAUUAAGUCGACUCUUCUUAGUUCCUCUUUGCUGAUGUCUGGUAUCUGUACAAUAAUGAUGAGUUUAAUCGGCUCCAGACUACCUCUGUUUCAAGGAGCAGCUAGCGAUUUUUUGGUUCCAUUGCUUGCAAUGCAGGCUUUGAAUAAAUCAAGGUGUAAUCUUAUACAGACUUCUGACACAGAUACAAACCAAACAACUUUUACUAAUUCGUCCGGAAUUUUAAUUGUAAACCAGAGAGAGUUUAUUCUGAGCAACAUCCAAGAACUCCAAGGAAGUUUGGUGGCUGCAGGGACAUUUCAGUUUUUGAUUGGAGCCACAGGAUUAGUCAGCCUCCUUUUGAAAUUCAUUGGACCAAUCACAAUCGUUCCAACUCUAUUCCUGAGCUGCGUUUUUCUCGUAAGAGCAUGCGUUAAAUUUGCUUCCGUUAACUGGGGAAUUUCAUUCAUGGUAGCAGCCGUGUCCCUGAUACUGUCGCUCUAUCUAAGCCAUCGCAACACCCCUAUUCCGAUGUGGACGAGAAAGAAAGGUUUUCAUAUCAUGUGGUUUCCAUUACAUCAAGUGUAUUCGAUCCUUAUUGGGAUCCUAGUUGGUUGGUUUGUGUGUGGUGUAAUGACAGCAGCAGGUGCGUUUAGUCCUGGUGACAAGUUGGCGAGAACAGACACUGGCUUGGACGCCAUUAUAAAAGCUGAUUGGUUCCGAAUACCGUAUCCAGGUCAGUUUGGUCCUAUUUCGUUCAGCACGAGCGUAUUUGUGGGAUUUUUGAUAGGAACUGUUACCUCUAUACUUGAUUCUAUUGGGGACUACUAUGCAUGCGCAAAGAUGUGCAAUCUUCCUCCCCCACCAGCACAUAGUGUUAAUCGAGGGAUAGCCAUUGAGGGGUUCUGUAGUCUGAUCGCGGGUUUCUUUGGAUGUGGACAUGCUACGACAACGUACGGAGGGAAUGUAGGUGCAAUUGGCGUAACAAAGGUAUCCAGUAGAGACGUUUUUAUAACAACGGGUGUGAUAUAUUUUAUAUUCGGUAUCAUUGGGAAGAUCUCGGCAGUUUUCCUUACCAUUCCUUAUCCCGUACUCGGUGGGGUACUUUUCGUGAUGUAUGGAAUGUUCAUCGGUGUUGUUCUGUCAAAUCUACAAGUUGUUUCCCUUAGCUCAUCUAGAAACCUUGCCAUCAUGGGAACCGCCAUCUUGUUUGGUCUCAUGAUUCCGUAUUGGCUGGAGACCAAUCCCGAUGCUAUUCAAACAGGAUCAGCAACCACUGAUGGUAUGAUCAAAUUGCUAUUGAUCAAUCCCAACUUGUGUGGGGGAGUUUUGGCCUGCUUUCUGGACAACACAGUUAGAGGUACUUUGAAAGAAAGAGGAAUUGAGGCAUGGCAGAAAAUGAUCGACGAAAAAGCAUACGAUAUGGAAGAAUUCGAUGGUGACGUCACGAUUUAUGAUAUCCCUCUCCCGCGAUUUUUGAAAGAGUCCAAAUUGUUCCGGCGUUUACCAUUUAUUCCUCCAUUGCGUGAUUAGGUAUUCUAUCAAACAUAACGGAUGGCCUUAACUAGUCAUACACGUUACAUGUAACUAGGCAUAGUAACUGUAAUUAAACAAUAUAACUUUUUCUACGUGUAUUUCCUGGUUUACACUGAUCAUUUGUAAUAAUAAGCGAUUUUAAAAUUCUAUUAACAUGUUGUUACUUCGUUUGUGAUUUCAUAAUUCAUUUGUGUUGUUUAAAAAGUAUAUCUGUCAUUUUCAAAGUAUCAUUGACUAAAAAUUCAAAUUAUAGUAUGAAAAAAAAGCGCCAUUCUUUCAUACAAUUGUUUGUUG